AUGGCAGCCACACCCACAGCUGCGGAAAGCUCCAGCGAAGCUCUCCAGCAGAAGCUCCAAGAGCUUGGAUACCUUAACCCACCAAAGAUUGCAGGCGAAGACUGCGAGUAUAUAGUCAACAGUCAUGUUCCGAACAAAAAGCCUUUUCGAGGAUAUUGGCUAGAAGCUGCUGAACACGAAGAGACAGCUCGCUUCGUGGAACUGUUUAGUAUCCAUGAAGAUAAGCUACCAAAUGAAGAGGCUCUGGUGACUGUGAAUACUAAAGAAGGGGACGUCGACUUGAAUUUCAGUAACAUCAUUGCGAUUGCGGGCGACUUUUACACGAACAAGGAAGGCUACGAGGCGUACUUUCCCAUCUCAAACGUUCACGGCUUUGGAACCCUCAUACAUCCGGAAUCGUCCAAAGAGCCUCUUGCCCGCUUCGAGUCGGCGGUCCAGAGCAUGUUACGAGACACGGACGGUUACUUGAAGGGAGUCAGAGAGCUCAUUACUUCCGAGCACAAUGCGCUCAAUGCCGCCACGAAAGAUGGAGACAACACAGCCACAGCAUAUCAUGAGCACAUGUCCUACAGCCACGACCACGGACAUUGCCAUAUCCCAACCGACGAUGAAUAUACGAAAAUGACACAGACAGGCUUCACCAGAGCUUCAUCGGUGUAUGCCUGGAUCGCUUACACAAACAUCGACCACUUUGGUGAUUACGCGGUCAUGGCGUACUGUGUCGGUCAUACUAGCGCCCUCCAGAUAGCUCGAAAGGCACGCGACGAGCCUUCAGAUGAGGCAAAGAUGAAGAUGCUUCGCACGGCUUACGUCCACGAGGCUUUCGCAGCCCAUUUCCUUACGGACCUGUUCAGCUCAGGGCAUCUCCGGGCUCCUCGGCGGGCCUUCCACAACCCGAAUUAUGUGUCUAUGGGGUGGCACGCUGCACGAGACCAUGCAGUCUGGGACUUUCAAUGUCGAUACAUGCACGACGAUGACAGCGCUACCGGCCUCUUGGUUCGCAAUGAGCUCGGAGACCAGUGGAUCGAAUAUGGUGACAAACAAUUCAUGGAGCCACAAGCCUCGGUGAACCGCGCUCGAUGCAUGUAUUGCUUGAAGGAGUCAACCGCCGAGGUGUUCCGUGUCGGAUAUAAAGGCGACAGGCAGAUCGAGAAUUGGGAAAAGAACAAGAGCUGGUUCAAGGCCAUGCAACUCAUGCCCCAGCCAAUGACCGCUAUCGAACCCCAGGACUGGAAGAACAGCGGAUGGAGCGGAUACGACAAGCACAAUCCCGCUCCGCUGUGGAUGGCUUUGCAUGACAACGUCACGGAAAGCCAAUGCACGGUUCGUAAGGACCUGAGCGACCAUUCUAACUACGGCGCUCGAAAAACUCAAUCGCCAGGCGAUGUCGACUAUGGCAACACCAUAAAGGCUGCUGACUUCGUGGUGAAUGGCCAAUUUCCGAUGCAGAUCUCGAUUGACGGGUUGCUAUCCGGCGGUUUCAUGCAGAUCCAAGAUCUCGACGGCAGCGCCAGUGAGGGCUGCUGCAUCAACUUUUGGACCCCUGCUGAAGUCAAGUUUGCGGACAAGACCCAAUCGACAUUCACCAUUCGCAACAGGCUCAUUGAUCAGGACAUCGCGCCAAGCAGAGAGGUCCUGCAUUGGAUGCGAUCCGGCGGGAGGACUGGCAUCAUCGGAUUCACCUACGCAGCGAUGGCCGAUGGGAGCGGGAAUAUCGAGAUGACGCAGACGGAAUAUUCAUCGGAACCAGGUCCCAAUGGGUUCUCCGAUGGCACCUGUGCUACCUUCUCACCAAAGCAUUCCUGGGCGGUGCGUGCUUCAAUGACCAGACACGCGACCAUCCUAAGCAGCGUCCCAGCGAACUUUAUGCUCAACCUGACUCGCUUUGUUACCGGAAAUUUCAUCGCCGGGGGAGAGAUCGUCGCCGUCUCGCAGUCCGAGAAUCAAGUACUGGUUGGAGUACUGGGCGACAGCUUGGUGCAAAGGACGUUGUCUCUACCCAAGGCACCCUACGGCUUUGUCAAGCCGUUUCAAGGUGCCGGUGCCUCCAGACAGAGUAUCUUGCUGGCGCGCGCCGGGCCUAAGGAGGACAGUGAGUGGGUGAAUCUAGCGAAGAUCGACUUUGACGAUGCCGGCAACGCCAACCUCGUAACUGCGGACUUCGACCUUGAGCUCGAAGCGGAACAGGACGCAUCGGUGCUCGUGGGCGACGUGAUGGGCUGGGGCCACGAUCAAGCCGUGGUCGUGAAGCCCACACCCGACGACAGGACCACCGUAGCCAUCUACGGCCAGCAGAGUGGAAGCCCUGACAUCGUGUGCGUGGGACUGCACCAAUGCGACCCGACUGUAAGCAGCGAACUUGUAGGCCCUCUGCUCACCGCGCUCGUGCCGUCUCUUCCCUCCUCACCCAAGCCGGUGGGCCAAGACCUGCUCCAGAUUUCGCGCCGUAAGAACGGAAAGCAGCAGUUCAUCGCCUUCCAUACGCAUGUAGCCAGCGGAGACCAAAAUGACCCUCUCUGCAACUGCGCCGUAUCUGAGGUCGAUGACGCACUCGCGUCGCGCAGCCCGGAGCACUUUUUCAGCAUCAAAUGGAUGCCAGUACGAGUGCUUGAGCAAGCGCGUGCGGUGCUCGAGGUCUUCAGCUGGUACGGCGUGCUGGGAGUGCGUGUGUUCGCUUGCUCUCACACUGAAGACGGAAGCGUUGGCGAGUGGACAUUGCACGGCCAGUUUCCGCAUCUGGGCCAGACAUCCAUAGGCGCUGGGCUGGGGUGCUAUGGUGAUUGGGGGCAUGGAUUUGUGACCUGGGCGGAGGAGAAUGAGUGGACCGACGCCAACACGUUCAGGCCAGUGGAAAAAGACGACUUGAAAUCAGGAUGGUGGGGAAUGGUGUGGGAAGAUUGUGAUAGACAAAGUGUACGCGGGUGGGAUGUAGAGAGGCGGCCGCUGCGGUAG